UAGCACAGCCCCUUGGAGACAGAGCGCUAGAGACUACAUUACUGCUGCUGCUGUUUCAGUAAAGUUAAGGAAACUCAGGAGUUGUUUGGUUUUAGUGUCCGUUUUUAGUUUACUUACAGAUAUCGGGGUUGAAAACGGUUUGUUGAGAAGUCGUAUCGUUUAAACAAGUUUUUUCCCUUCAUAUUUUUUUCAAGCCACAUCCACCAUAGAGGGUCACCAUGGCCCAGUGGAACCAGUUGCAGCAGUUGGAGACGCGCUACCUGGAGCAGCUGUACCAUCUGUACAGUGACAGUUUCCCUAUGGAGCUUCGUCAGUUCCUUGCUCCCUGGAUCGAGAGUCAAGACUGGGCGUAUGCAGCCAAUAAGGAGUCUCACGCCACGCUGGUGUUUCAUAACCUGCUGGGAGAGAUCGACCAGCAGUACAGCCGCUUCCUGCAGGAGAACAACGUCCUUUACCAGCACAACCUGAGGCGCAUCAAACAGCACCUGCAGAGCAAGUACCUGGAGAAGCCCAUGGAGAUCGCACGCAUCGUCGCACGAUGUCUGUGGGAGGAGCAGAGACUGCUGCAGACCGCCACCACGGCUCAGCAAGAUGGUCAGGCCGCCCAGCACAGCGGGACAGUGGUGACAGAGAAGCAGCAGCUUCUCGAGCACAGACUGCAGGACAUCAGGAAGAAAGUGCAGGAUAUGGAGCAAAAAAUGAAAAUGCUCGAGAAUCUACAGGAUGACUUUGAUUUCAACUAUAAGACUCUAAAGAGUGCAGGAGAGCUGUCCCAGGACCUGAAUGGGAAUAGCCAGGCUGCAGCUACCAGACAGAAGAUGGCCCAGCUGGAGCAGAUGCUUAGUGCCUUGGAUCAGCUCAGGAGGCAAAUCGUGACUGAUAUGGCAGGGCUGCUGCAGGCCAUGGACUUUGUGCAGAAGAAUCUGACUGAUGAGGAGCUCGCUGAUUGGAAGAGAAGACAGCAGAUCGCCUGCAUCGGAGGACCUCCUAACAUUUGCCUGGACCGGCUAGAGACAUGGAUCACAUCACUGGCCGAGUCUCAGCUACAAAUCAGGCAGCAAAUAAAGAAACUGGAGGAGCUUCAGCAGAAAGUUUCCUAUAAAGGAGACCCCAUAGUUCAGCACCGCCCUGCCCUGGAGGAGAAGAUCGUAGACCUCUUCCGCAAUCUUAUGAAGAGUGCGUUUGUGGUUGAGAGACAGCCCUGUAUGCCAAUGCACCCAGACAGACCUCUGGUCAUAAAGACAGGAGUUCAGUUCACCAACAAAGUUCGAUUACUGGUGAAAUUUCCAGAACUGAAUUACCAGCUGAAAAUCAAAGUUUGCAUUGACAAGGAGUCCGGAGACGUCGCAGCCAUCCGAGGAUCACGCAAGUUCAACAUCCUGGGCACAAACACCAAGGUGAUGAACAUGGAAGAGUCCAACAAUGGCAGCCUUUCAGCUGAGUUCAAACACUUGACUCUGCGAGAACAGAGGUGUGGCAACGGCGGCCGGACCAACAGUGACGCCUCUCUGAUCGUCACUGAGGAACUUCAUCUCAUCACCUUCGAGACAGAGGUGUACCACCAGGGCCUUAAAAUCGACCUUGAGACACACUCUCUUCCAGUUGUAGUCAUUUCUAACAUCUGCCAGAUGCCCAAUGCAUGGGCGUCCAUUUUGUGGUACAACAUGCUGACCAACCAUCCCAAGAAUGUAAAUUUCUUCACAAAGCCUCCUGUGGGUACGUGGGAUCAAGUGGCUGAAGUUCUAAGCUGGCAGUUUUCCUCUACAACCAAGAGAGGCCUGACUAUUGAGCAGCUCACCACACUGGCUGAGAAACUGCUUGGUCCUUGUGUGAACUACUCCGGUUGCCAGAUCACUUGGGCCAAGUUUUGCAAGGAAAACAUGGCAGGAAAAGGUUUCUCAUUCUGGGUUUGGUUGGAUAACAUCAUUGACCUGGUGAAGAAGUACAUUCUGGCUCUGUGGAAUGAAGGGUAUAUCAUGGGCUUCAUCAGUAAGGAAAGAGAGAGGGCCAUCUUAAGCCCAAAGCCUCCUGGGACAUUUCUGCUGAGAUUCAGUGAGAGCAGUAAGGAAGGUGGGAUCACAUUCACCUGGGUAGAGAAGGACAUCAGUGGUAAGACCCAGAUCCAGUCAGUGGAGCCGUACACCAAGCAGCAGCUGAACAGCAUGUCCUUCGCCGAAAUCAUUAUGGGAUACAAGAUCAUGGACGCCACAAACAUCCUGGUGUCUCCACUCGUCUACCUUUUCCCCGACAUUCCCAAAGAGGAGGCUUUCGGGAAGUAUUGCAGGCCAGAAGCCCAGCCUGAUGCAGACAUCCAGGACGUAUCUGGAUGUGGCGGUAUAGUCACUCAGCCAUACCUGAAGACUAAGUUCAUCUGCGUCACCCCGUGUCCUUCCAUCUUCAUGGACCUUCCGGACAGCGAACUGCUGGCUAACGGCUUCCCUGGGACUAACUCGGGUAACACUGCUGACCUGUUCCCCAUGUCUCCUCGCACUCUUGACUCUCUGAUGCACAAUGAGGCUGAGGCCAACCCUGGACCUCUCGAUUCCCUCACUCUGGACAUGGAAAUGAACACGGAUGUGGCCUCGCCCAUGUGAGACGCGCUCGGACGGAGAAGACGAGUUGCAUUUAGCCAUUUACUUCUAGCUGUUUCUGCCAUGCGAAGAGAAAAAGAGAGCGAGAGCGAUGUCCUGUUUUGUUCUUUAUGUAUGGCUCUCAGACAGGUGCUACUCUUUGCACUGUUAAACCUUUUCACUAGACCCCUAUAUUCAUCAUGCGUUCCUCUGCACUCUGAACGAUUUUAAUCUUGGGUUAGUGGAGUGUUAAAGCAAAUUCUUAUCUAUAAAACCCAUAAACAAUGUAAGGUUUUUUUUUUCUUGCUUUCUUUGGAGUGGUACCAUCCAAAAAUAAAGCAAGCUUGUGAGUUAAUUACAGCUUUGUACUGAUAACAAGUGCCAUUUUGUUCAUAUUAUCGCACAAAUAGGUCUUUUUUUUUUUUUGUUCCAGGGAGAAAAACUCACCCAGUAUGUCAUUAUGUAAUCCUUGUUUUAUUGUACUCUUUUUAGAAUAAUCUAAGAAAGUGUAUCAUGUGUCUCACUGGCUUUGUGCAAUGAUUUAUUUUCCAUGUAAGCUAACGCUGUAUAUGUGUCAUGGGGAAAAAAGAUGCUUUUUGAGCUAACUGUAUUAUAUCCUCUGUAUGUCUUGCCACCGGUUUUUGUCCGUUCUUUAUAAAUGCUGUAUUCACCUUGCCUUAAGAGGUUUCAUGCCUGUUCUCUAUAUGUUUGUGUGUGAGAGACAAGUGGCUAGUGGGUUCUAGCAGCAGCAGCAGCAGCUUUCGUGAUCAGUCGUUGAGUCCAGCAUACAGUGAGGGAGAUCAGACUCAGACAUUAGACUCAGUCUCAUUCGAUUAGAUCCAGUUGCUACUCAGGGUGUUAUUAUGUUUAGUCAUCAGUAUUUACAGUACAAUAAUGACGUGUUAUAGUGGUCCCUUCAUAUUUGGGAGGAGAGAAACCUCGACUGCAUCACUUAACUAGCUGUCAAACGUCAGUCGUUGAUGCCGUCAGCAUUUACACCAGUAAAUUAAUUGGGGGGGGGGGCCCGAAAGACAAACAAUAGGGUAUAAUAAAUCCCUUGUGGUAAUAAAUACCUUAGCUUGAGUCUGAUAAAAGGUGAAGAUGUUCUCUGUCUUUACAUUUGCAGUAAUAAUGUUUAGUGAAAUAUUUCAAGCUUCUAAUUGUGUAAACAGCUUCCAUAUCAAUGUCAGGAUGAGGUCUGUAUAAUCGUGUCUUUUAUUCUUCCUAUUAUGACCUUUUUCAUUUACGGUUGUUUAACGCUAUGCUUUCUUUAGCAAUUUAGACUUGACUGCUGAAUGCAUGACCAUGAUCAGUACGGUUUCUGUGUUGUAAAUUUCCUUCCCUGUAAGCUCUCUGUACAGUGGCUACAUAACUUUUAAUAAAAAAAAUCAACUGCA